ACCCUUCUUCCCCGUCAAUAUGCAGAAUAUAAAUUCUGUAUCGCAAUCAGAAAAAAAAAACCUAGCUCUGUUCUCAGCUCUUCCGGCGACUAUUUCCGUCAAAGGUACUUGGUGAAAAUUCUUCGAGUAACGAAGUUCUGUUGGAGCUGAUUAGGGAUGGCUCCAAAGCAGCCAAAUACAGGCCUUUCUGUGGGUCUUAACAAAGGACAUGUUGUUACUAAGAAAGAGUUGGCUCCCCGCCCUUCUGAUAGAAAAGGGAAAACCAGUAAGAGAAUACAUUUUGUUAGAAGCCUUAUCAGGGAAGUAGCUGGUUUUGCACCUUAUGAGAAGAGAAUUACUGAGCUUCUUAAAGUUGGAAAGGACAAACGUGCUCUUAAGGUAGCCAAGAGGAAGCUGGGUACUCACAAGAGAGCAAAGAAGAAGCGUGAAGAGAUGUCCAGUGUUCUCCGUAAAAUGAGGGCUACUGGAGGUGGUGAAAAGAAGAAAUGAGUUGUAUGCUAACACCUCAAUAUGAAAUGUUCGGUUCUGAAACUGCUUUGCCAAGAUCUACUUUUUAGUAUCUGCUUAAAUUCAAAUAUUUGAUUUUUGAUCAUUUUUAUUGUUGAACACGUAACUCUUAGCCUUUUAUCACUUCUGUUCCAGUACGAGAAUUGUUCAAUUUUUUUGACAUUUCGAUUUUGCAACUCAUUUGUAUGUGAAUUAAAACUGUACCAAGUCUUGUAUCUGGAAUACCAGAUACAUUUUGUAAUAUACAUAGGAGAGGCGAGCGAGAAAGACAGCGUCCUUUUGACUAA